CAAUAUAAACACCGCCGGGAGUUUCCGUAAAAUCAUAUUCAGCCGUCAAGACUGAACAAUGGUUAUCAUGAGCUAUCACACAUUUUUACUAAAAUAUCUACAUUCAAAUUCACGACAGUCGAGAAGACGAGCGAAUAAAAGAAAAAGGAAUUAUAGGGACAAGCUAUCUUCGACAAAUUGUCAGACUUGAUUAGCAGAUUUCCCAAAGGUCCAGUGUGAACUGUGCGGCCGAAUAUCUGUGCGUUGCGACUGAUUGGCGAAAUGACUGCCGAGUGGCUACACCUGCCCCCACCAUACCCCCCUGGUGUGGGGCCAUUGUAUGGUGCAGAGUUGGAGGCGUGGUAUGAGGACCUGCAGGAUAUUCUGGGAUCCGACACAGGAGGGGCAAAAGUGGUACGUGCCCCCACAUGUACAGAGAGGGAGCCGGAGUUUCUGGAUGUUCUGGAGAGUUGUUCUCUGACGUGGCUGACUGACGGAAACCAGACGUGGGGUGAAGGAGCACAGAGGGCAACAGAGGAGGUCCACAGCACCCAGCCUCUGCAUCACACCUCAUCUUCCUCAUCAUCAUCCUCCUCCUCCUCUUCCUGCAUGAGUCCAGCGGUUGCAGAGGAGCGGAAGGUGGAUGCAGAGAGUGGGAGAAGUGGAGACAACUCGACAGGAGGCGGCAGUGAUUUGCUCCCUCCGGAGUUUUUCGAAUUGCUGAGUGAAGGAGGAGUGGGAAUGGUGGAUCCAAGUGGAGCUGUGAUCAGCGGUGGCUAUUAUUAUCACCAUCAACAACACACAAAUAAUGUCCAUCCUGCAUCUCCCUCUGCCAGCGAGGAGGAACUGCCCUGUGUACCAGAUUCUCCAUCCUCCUCAUCUUCAGCCUCCCAGUCCCCAUCUCAGAAUUGCUCUCCCCCCUCUUCACCAGUCUCUUCUCCCUCUCCCUCUGUAUACCCGUCCUCCCGUCUGGGAAAACGCAAGAGGACCACCAGCGAGAGGGUUAACAGUGCCUUGUCCUCCUUCUCCUCCUCCUCCACACAGCGCUCAUCCUACUCGUCCACCAAAAAGAGUCGCAAAGAAAGAGAGCAGGAGAAUGAGAGGAAGGUACAAGAGCUGACAGAGCAGAACGAGCGUUUGAAAGCAGAGAUCGAAAGACUGGGAGAAGAGGUACAGAAGACAAGGAGAGCCCUGAUUGAGAGGCUAGUUAAUACCAGGAAAUGAGGGGGAAAGAGGAAUAAAAGAUGAAGGGUCCUACUGAAUCUGAAGAAGCAAUGGUGGGGAAAGGUGUAAACGUGGUGGUCAGGAAAUGCCUCACAGAAAAGAGGGAAAACCAAAGAAAAAUUUAAAGUGGAUUUUUGUACAAGAGAGGUAAAAAUGGCAUGGACAAGGAAAGUAAU